AAACAAAGAUGGCGGCUGAUCAGGCAGUUCUAAGAGUUCCUCCUCCACUCUCUGCUAAAGUGGUAGGGUCAUUUGCCUACUUGACUGUAAAAGACAGAUUGCCUACAAUUUUAACCAAAGUUAUAGACACAUUACACCGUAACAAAAACAAGUUUUUUGAAGAAUAUGGAGAGGAGGGAAUCAAUGCAGAGAAGCAAGCAAUAUCUCUGCUGUCUAAGCUGAGAAAUGAGCUGCAAACCGACAAGCCUCUGCUGUUAAUAACAGAUGGCUUACAAGACACAGAAUCCUGGAACCAGUACAUGCAGAGACAGCAGAGGCUGUUGGGGGACCAGGACACUGUUAUUAGUUGGUUCAAGUCUGCAUGGCUCUACGUAGAGUGCUACAUGUAUCGCAAGAUACAAGAGGCCCUUAUACUCAAUCCGCCCAUCAGCAACUUUGAUGUUUAUAAAGAAGGAAAGACUCAAAGCUUUUUUGAGUCUCAGCAGGCUGUAAUGGCCUUAUGUACUUAUUUGGCAGACAUCCAUAAAAACAUGGAGAAGCUGUCUAAGAAUCAGCUGUUUGAGUUUUUCAACAAACUUCUCCAGGUUUCUCUUUGGGGGAACAAGUGUGAUCUUUCUAUCUCUGCUGGUCAAGAAAACUCUCAGAAGACGAGUCCAAUAGAUUCCCUAAACAGCCUCCAACCUUUUAUUUUGGUGGAUGACUCCAACAUGGUCUGGUCGACUCUUACUUCGUCUCAGAGGCUGGAAGUGUCUGGGAAAAACGUUGUAGAGAGAGUGGACAUUGUUCUGGACAAUGCUGGCUUUGAACUGGUCACUGACUUGGUCUUAGCAGACUUCUUGGUUUCUUCUGGCCUUGCACGCCAGAUUCAUUUUCAUGGCAAGUGCUUCCCGUGGUUUGUCUCAGAUGUCACAGCUAGUGACUUUCAGUGGACCAGCCGGCAGAUGAUGGCAGCCAAUCACAUGUGGAUGUCUAAGAGUGGCGUCCGGUGGCAGAGGUAUCUGAAAGAGGGUGUUUGGUGCUAUCAUGAUCAUCCCUUUUGGACGCAGCCUCACGAGUUCUGCGACAUGGCAGCCGAUGCUCCUGACCUGUAUGCAACCCUGCGAGAGGCCGACCUGGUGCUUUUCAAAGGUGACCUCAACUACAGGAAGCUGACUGGAGACAGAGACUGGAGUCACACUGUGGAUUUCAGUACAGCUCUCCGAGGUUUUGGGCCUGCGCCGCUGUGUAGCCUGAGAACCCUCAAGGCUAACGUCCAGGUCGGUCUGCAGCCAGGCCAAGGGGAAAAGCUCACCUCCCAAGAUCCAAACUGGAUGACUAGCGGGAAGUACGCCGUUAUUCAGUUCUACAGUCCACAGCCAGAAUAAAAGUGACCUCAGGGAAACACUGGGGGAAGUUGAUUUCAGUGAGAAGUGCCAAAUGUAGGUGGUGCCAUUGAAGGGUUGUUAAAUAGUUCAUCUUUUACUGUCUUUAAGCACUUCAUCCAAUAUGACAAAUGCACCGCAACUUUACAUGUUUGAUUUGAACUUCAGUUUACGGUUGUGCAUUUAUCUUCAAAGUUAACAUUUGUUCUUUGGUUUUUAUUGCAUAUAUCUGACAUGUUGAUGUCAUGUUUACAGAUCUAAGUAUCGAUAACGAUGACGGGGGUAAAAUUAAAGAAGAGUUGUGCUCUGUAAACACUGAGCAGCAACACUUAAGUGUGUUCAUAGUUGUAAUUUAAAUAUUAACAUUUGCAGUCGGUGUCAUUGAUGAGCAUGAACUAGUUCAACUGAACUAACCAUAACGAUGGUUCCUCUGUGUAAGAGAUGGCAUGUUGCUGUGCGGGGUAGUUUAACAGAAAUGCUGAUGUGCACUUUCUUUUGUUAGAAAUACAACGCAGGUAUGAUAAAACUGGAGGGUUUUGUGUAUGUCAUCCAUAUUAGCACUGUCACUUUCCAAACUGCAGUAAUUCUAAUGGGCUCCCGGGUUUCUGGAGCAAAGUGUGUUGUUUUCAAAACAAAAUAAAUGGCA